GUGGCGCACCGAGGUGGAUGCGCCACAAAAAUAAAGCAUUAUGUGGCGCACCAAGGUGAGUGCGCCACAAAAUAAGGGAUUAUGUGGGGCACCAAGGUGGAUGAGCCACAAAAAUAAGGUCCUCCCAGUAUAUCUUUACCCGUACCCUCACAAAUCCCCCACCCCCACCAAGGAGGAUGGUGACGCGGACGGCGACGAGAAGGAGAAGGAGGGCGUGGAGGUGACGCCGCCCCGAUCUCCAUCACCGAUCCUUUGCGCCACCGUCGGUGUGAUCCCCUGCCUCAACGUCCUCCGCACCGUCGUCGUGCCGAUGAUUAGAAUGCUUGGUCACCGUACACUCUGGGGUGGCGUAAGUGAGCCUGUCACUACACACUCGGGGGCGAUGCAAGCGAGCCUGCCGGGAGAGAGGAGGGAGCAGAGGAGGAACCGGAUGAAGACCACUUUCAUCGCGAUGAUGCUCGUAGUGACUCUCAUCUAUUUGUAUCUUGAGAUGAUGAACUUUGUAUGAAUUAAGAUUUGUAUGUAAAAAUUUGUAUGAAUCGAGACUAUAUGUGUAUCUCGAUCGGGCUCUAAGUAAUGUGAUGAUGAUGUUUAUAUUAUAUUUGUGCAAUAUACAUGCUACUUAUAUUA